AUGUCGGGCCAUGGCGCCGUGAAGCCAAAGCAGGAUCAGACCCAGCUGGAGCUGUCCAUUGUCAUCGAGGGCGGCCCUGCGGGAUCGGCGCAAUUCACCCUCUUGGGCGAUGGCGCCGAAAUCCUUAUCGGCCGCGCCCCAGACCAAGAAGGGCAUCGGCCUCAGUCGCGAAUGGUCUUUCCAGGGGGGAUAUCAAAGGAAACGAAGGCGCGAGGCCAAGAUGUGAUUCUCCGAGUGCGCGACACGUCGAGGAACGGCACCUCGGACGUUGGUACAGGCGCACGUCACAGCCGCCACAAGCAACCUCAUCGCUCUUUCAAAGAGUUGAAGGAGGGCGAGGAAGAGGUGCUGACGGUGCACUUCGCCCUGCCAGAUGAGAAGCUGGGUGAGGGUGGUUUGGCGGUGGUCUACCGCGCACGUGAUGUCUCUGGAUCCUUGGGUGAGGUGGCAAUCAAAGUGUCCAAGUUCAAGAACUUACCCUCGGUCUCCAACCAGAAUCGGCACAUCUAUGCUUUGCACCGCGAAGCCCAGUGGUCGAUUCAGCGCCUUCACAAUGACAGCGACUCUCGCUACGAUGCGGGAGGUGUGGAGAUGUGUGGAGCAUGGAAUCUGAGACGGUUUGCAGUCGGGUUCAACAUCAACCUUGUGGCAAAAGGCGCAGAGCUUUUUGCACGCUACUUGGAGGACCACACAGGCUUCGAUGCGCAUGACGGCGACACCUUCGAUGCCACCAGGCGGAAGUAUGAAGAUCCCAACUUUGCGCCUGUAGUCAUGGAGCUCGUGGAGGCAAAGCUUCUUCAGUCUGUCAUCGACGCGCAGCCGCCGUUGGACUUCGCGGAGAAGCGGGCGAUCACCAGGCAGUGUGUGCGCAGCCUCGUGUACCUUUCCAAGUUUGACGCGCUGCAUCGGGAUUUUCGAGGCUGCAAUAUCUUCCUUCAAGGCCGUGGGCGUGACUGCCGUCUGAAAGUCAUCGACCUUGGCUUCAUGAUUUCCGCAGAUGACCAUCAGGCCAAGAACCCCAACAUAGCAGUUCGCUGUGCUUGGCAGGGCAACAAGGACCAUCGCAUCCGCUUCGACUGGGCACCGCCCGAGGUCCGGACGAAGGAGGUUCGCAACUUCGGCCUGCCUGGCCCUCGCCGUCUCUUAAGUGGCAAAGCCUGGCAGCUCCUUCGACAUCUUCUCCUUGGGCGUCCUGCUCUUGAAGCUACUGCGUGGCCGGAGCUGGACGCAGGACUCGCCCUAUGUGGGGAGUCCCUCUUCUGGGGAGAGUCACUCAAGCGCAUCGAGUGCCCCCAGGAGGUGGUCAACAGCCGCGACAUGUCCGAGAAGCUUCAGUCCCUGACAGCAGAUUUGAAGUAUCUGCAGCCCAGCUAA